GUUCAUGAUAAUGAAACCCACAAGUGUAUCUUGUGAGAAGCAAGAACUCCUCUGUGAGAAGCAGAACUCCUCUUUAGCAAAUAGACCAGUCUGUUAAGUUGUUACACUCGAGGAUUGUCGCAUUGAGGGAGCCAGUUUUACUGCUUGUUUCAAAAUACUGGAGAGCUUUGGGAUAUCCAGAGUCAGAAGCCACGGGUGAAGUUACUCAUGGAGAGAUUUGAGAUAUCUGACAGAGGCCCAGAGGAUCCUUCAAACAGUCGACCCUUCAAAAUCCCAAGACAAGAUGCCCCUAAAGGAUUACAGACAAGGAAAGCAGCACUUGAGAAAUUUACAGAUAAAGGAUAUACUCCAUUUUGUCCAGGACCCAGUACUCAUCACAAACUUGCUCAGCCUAAGCCUCCUCUGGCAGUCAAGCCUUCAAGUGAUGAUAAACCAGAGAAAGAUCCAAACCAACCACAUUUAAACCCAGUGGCACAAAGGUUUGGUGUUCAGCUUCAGCCCACUAACAGAGGAAAUGAUGAAAAAGCUGGAUGCAGUAAACUCUCUAUCAAAACCAGUGACCCGUCAAAAGAGGACCCAAAGCCUUUGAACCCAAAACCUGCAUGGAACAAGCACCUUGCUCCUCCUGAUAAAGAAAAAAAGCCUCUAGGAUCAAAACCUAAUUUAAAUUUUGCUUCACAGGAGAAUGAGGCAAAACCAGAAUUCUCAAAAGUAGCUGCAGUUAAGGAAAAAUUAAGGUCUGCAACACAAGAAAAUGAGCCCAAGCCUCCUGUUUCUAAACCACCUCUUGCACAGAAACCUUCUUUAAACAAUGAGGUAUCUCAGAAGGAUGACACUUCUAAUAAAAGUGAUUCUCUGCAAAGACAGUCUGGACCUAGAACAAAUAUACAUGCAGGCCAAGAAGCAAAGGAAAUGGGUGAAAAUAAUAACUCUGCUGCAGAAGCUCCAGGCAGUACUUUUCCUAAAAUAGCUCUGAAGCCUACUGGCCUCAGGUCCAGCUUAUCAAAAAGAACCCCCAAAACUGUGGCAGAAAACACUGAAGAAAAGGGAAUGAGUUCUGCCAAGAACAUCUUCCUCAAGAAAAUCUCCGAGGAAGAAUCAAGUUCUUCUCAUAAAUUCCAUAAGAUGAAUACGGCGCUUGCUGCAGGAGGACCAUCAGGUGAAUCACAAGAGGAUGAGAACAGGACUUCUGGAAAGCCCAAGCGGAAAAUCCUGCCUUCAGUGGCCAGUCUGGGCCAGCCCCCCAAAAAGCCCAGCAGACCCCCCUCUGUGAAUCUGGUAAAGUUCUGGAGGAUCCGCCAAAUACUCAGUCCUAAAAAUACACUUUUGAAAAAGAAGGCAUGUUCCUUAGCAGCACUUGCCCCACCGGUACCUCCAUCACACGCUGCUGGGCCACCUCCUCCACCAGCCUUUCACCCAUCCCUGCAGGGGCCAGCAACUCCCAGCCUGCCUCCCAGAAACAUCAAGCCCAGCUCUGAAACCAUAAACGAAGAAAAUGAAGAAAAUUAUGAUGACGUUGAAUUUGUUUCACAGGGUCAUGGAAAUACACAGAGGGGUCAAGAAAGUGAUGGAGAGAUGUAUGAAGACAUUAAUGACAUCAGAUCAUCAAGGGGAAAAGAGAAGAAGUGGGACAAAGAAGAUAAGAGAAAAAUGGACCAGGAGAAGAAAGAACAAAAGGAAAAAGAAAAGAAAGAGCAUGAACUGAGGAAAAAGUUCAAAUUAACAGGACCCAUUGAAGUCCUUCAUCAGGCACGAGCUUGCGUUGACCACAAGGGAGGGAGAAAUGAACUGACUGUCAAACAGGGGGAUAAGAUUGAAAUCAUUCGCCUCACAGACAACCCAGAAGGAAAGUGGCUGGGCAGGAUAAAAGGAUGCUAUGGAUACAUUAAAACAACCAUGGUGGAGAUUGAUUAUGAUUCUUUAAAAAGAAAGCGAAAACCAUCUACCAGUGCUGCUGUGAAACAUACAGAGAGUGACCAAGAAACAUAUGAUGAUGUUGGAGAACAGGACAGUACUAGCAGUCAAAGUGGUGACCAAGGUGGAAGUGGAAACAUGUUCCCACCUCCUCCUUCUGAUCAAGACAUUUAUGAUGGAAUUGAUGAUGAAGAUGCUAUAGCUAGGUCUGUAUCACAGGAUGAAGAUAAGAAUGAUAUCUGGCCCUGGGGAAUCUUGAAGAGACUAAAGGUCAAAGAUGGCAAAAAGAAAAGUGUACGAGAAAAAACAGCCAAAGUCAAUGAGGCAGAAGAAAAUGAAAAUUUGUUCAUGCCUUCUUCAACAAAGCAGUCUGGAAAAGAUUAUGGAGACAAUGUUUAUGAUGAUGUAGGUUCUUCAGACUUCCCUGCUCCACCACCUGAAUCCAGCUUUAGUUUAUCAAAAUCAGGAAGCUUUGGAAAACGUAAGUCAGAUGAAAAAGAUGAACAAAAGCUCAAGAUGGAAAAAGAAGAGAAAGAGUUCAGAAAAAAGUUCAAAUUUGAUGGUGAAAUAAAAGUUCUUUACUCUACAACCACCAUCCAGGAUUUACCACAGAAAAGAUGGAGAUAUAAACAUUUGCAAAUUAGACCAGGGGAAUCUCUUGACAUUAUUGAAAGUACAGAUGAUACCAAGGUCCUCUGCAGGAAUGAAGAAGGAAAAUAUGGCUAUGUUCUCAGAAGCAAUUUAGUUCAGAAUGAUGGAGAGAUUUAUGAUGACAUUGGUGAUGAUUGCAUCUAUGAUAAUGAUUCUGAGGCUGCAUUCUCUUGAAAUAAAAACUUCAGAGAAGAUCAAACUCUAGUUUGGAAUCCCACUUGUGAAAGCAAGAAGAAUCACAAAUGCUGAUUGCAAGUUAAUUGGUGUCUCUUUUAAAUGCACAAUUAACACUUUUUGGGAUUUCAGCCUUUUGUCCUUCAGUGCUUUUUAUUCCCAUUUAUCAGAGCAUUUAAAAUUGAGGGAAUAUAAGCAAAAGUUAGAGUUACAAUUUUUCAUUUCCUUUCUACAUUUCUUACAGUCCAUGUAGAAAUACAUCUUUAACUAUCUAUUCCCAAAGAGGCUAGUUCACAUCUGUGAAGGGUCUUGAGGACAACAGUCCCUGGCAGCAGGUUUUACUCUGGCUUUCACUUAUUAAGUUCCAAAGACAGCCACUCUGGGUAGAAAAAUAUUCUGGGAAAAAAAAUGGUGACAGUCAACAUUCUGUUGUGAAAAGAAGAAAUCAAAAGUGGGCAUCAGAGAAGACAAUGCAUCACUGACCUGCCGUUCCAGCUGCUGUAGUGUUAGCUACACUGACAUAUGCAGCCACCUUCCAUUAUUUCAAAAGUCUAUUUUUCCAUGUUGUACUAAUGAUAGCAUAUCAUUCUCUAAGAUUUAUCUGAAGUCUACUUUAGAGUGUAGUGUUCUACUUUAUGCUGCAGUGUUGCUCAAAACAUAUUCAGAACAUUUAGGUUAAGAUUUAAUUUCUGUUUAGUUUGAAGAUAAGUUGUCACUAUAGUAGUAUAGAUAUUAUAAGCUAUAAACUGAUGAUAAAGAGUUUGGAAAUUACUUCUAGACUAAAAAUGUAGGUAUAUUUAUCACUCUAUUUUGAUAAUGCCCUUUUUUUCAAAGUAGUGUAGUUUACUACUAUUUUUGAUGCUGUUGUCUGAAUGAGCAAGUUGCAAAUAAAAGCAAAGUCAACAGGUAACUCAUAACGAUAAAUAUCACUUUACCCUUACGUAUCAGAAGUCACUGGAAAUCAAAAGACAUUUACAGCAAGCUCCCAAUAAAGAGGGUGAGUGUGUGCAAAAAAUAGAACAUCCAUUGCUUUUGCUGUAGUGCAAAUUAAUCAAAAACCUGUAAUGACCAAUGUGGCUGGAUCAGUGGAAGCAGCUCCUUUUGAUGAACGAGUCUUGUACAAUGCUGAAGGGAGGUCAGGUACAUUGUGCAACAGAGCCAGUUUAGUUUAUAAAAAUAAAAAAUGUUGUCUCUGUUAAGUAAGUGACUUUUGGUCUUACCUUCAGUGAAGCUGAGAUUCUGUCUUCUAAAAGUGUCUUUUAUUGCUGCUUCAAAAUACAGUCAAUCUCAAAGGAGGCAUAAUGCAAUGGGGAUAUCAAACAUAAAAUUAAGAGAUAGUGGCUAUAAGCUAUUUUGUACUGUAUGUAAAAUCACUGAUAGUAUAUUGAAAAGCUAUAUGCAACUUGGCUUGCUAUUUCUAUUUGCUAUUUCUCUUACCUAUUUGCUAUUCAACCAGCAUCCAGGCAUCAAAUAACAAUUUUAUGUGUAAGCAUCAGCUGCAGCACCCAAAUAUAAAACAUGACCAUGCAUAUUAAGUGCAAUGAAUAUGUGUGACUAUUUGACUGUCACUGCUAAUGGAUUAUUUAUUUUUCAGUGGCUUUCAAGAGGCUGUCUGCAUUAAAUUAGUGAUAUGCCAGAGAAUUGAGUGGGCAUGCAGAUACCUACAGAACUACAUAGUUCUUCCAUGUUCUUAGUGUUCAUUUGUAUAGGCACUGCAAUUCUGUAUCAAUAAGACUGACUAAAUUGGUCAUACGAUACAUUAAAUCAAGAAAAGAAAUAAAUAUAUUUAUGACUAAAACUCUAUUCAUUGCUUGUUCAAAUCAAAUAUAAUGUGUUGCUGCAGGGUGUUAAAAUUAAUUUUUAAAGUAUUACUCAUUG